ACCUCACGCAUCUCCGGCUGAUCAAGCUCGACAGUCAAGAUCAAAGGCCAAGGACCUUGGCCGAUUUGAGCUGAGGCGCUCAGUCUGCCGUUGGACCCCAGCACCCCGUCAGGACGUUACCCCCGCGUAGAUCCUCCACCCGUAACAGCACCCAAAAAAAACCAUGGCCAACAUCUUCCGCCAAGCCAUCUCAUGGCUCUACACCAUCCUCGCCGUCUCCAUACUCGGAACCUGGACCCUCCUUAUCCUCGGCGGCGUCGGCCUCACGGCCCUCAUCGUCGCCGCAUCGCCCCCUACAGCAAUCCAGCAGCCAACACCAGCAAACGCCCGGAAUGCCGCCGCCACGGCUGCCGCGGGCGGCGGUAACCUCGCAACCUGGCUCGCAACAGCAGACUACGGCUCCCCCCACGGCGCCCUCGUCCUCCUCCUCUUCUCGGUGACCUGGCUCCUACACCUCGCGCGUGUAGUCUUCGCCCUCUUCCUCGUCGUCCUCAUGGGCGCCUUCUUUGUCUUUGCGUCCUCGCUCGACGCAGCCGAUAAAGAGGAGACGGAGGCCGGCGGCGAAGGUCUCUUCUCUGACGAUGGCGCGCGCAAGAACUUUACUACCGCGCUCGCCGAGUUUGAGGAGAAGGCGGGGAUCGGACUGGGCGAUUACCUCGUUGAUAACCCGUGGGUUGUCUUCCAGGUCGUUGCCGCGCUUUGGGGCAUGAUGAAUCUGUUGCUUAUGUAUAUCACGGUGUAUGCUCUUGGGGCGUUGAGAAAGGUGUUGACGACGCCGCUUGAGGCUUGGGCGAGGGGUGGUCAGGAGGUGGCGGCCUCUGCUCUUGUGGCUGCGGGGACUCCGGCGGCAGCUGCAGCAGCAGCAGCAGCAGCAGAGACGAGGUCUCCGGUAGUAGUCGUUGAGAAGGAAAGGGUGGUCGUGCCGGCCGAAGCGCAACCGACGAAUUGA